AAAUCUACUAGCCAACACCUUACAUAUGCAAGUUUUUAUUAUGUGGCAUACUUAAAGGGCAUUCUAUAUUUAGGUCUCCCAUUCUUGGCAUUAACUGGAACAGCUGAUGUUAAAAUGAAGCAGACCAUCAUGAAAGACUUGUCUUUCAAGAGAGACAAAGUUGUUUUGAAUAUCAGCCCUGAACGGAGCACUAUUCGUUUCACCAUCAUAAAAACAAAAAGAGAAAACCAUCUCCAACAUCUUCAGUGGUUAAUUGACAUGAUUCCAUUGGAAAGGGAAAAUAUGCCCAAAACCAUAAUUUUUUGUACCACAAUGCAAGAUGUGGCCAAAUUAAGUGGACACCUUCUUGGAAUGCUUGGUGCCGAUGCCUAUGUUACUGACAAGCCUUGUGUGCCAGCGAACCGACUGCUUGGAAUCUAUCAUUCCAUGACUUGGCCAAAGUACAAGGGUAGAGUAACUGAUUCCUUCAAGCAAGAUAGUGGCUGUGUUAAGGUUGUGGUUGCAACCUCUGCGUUAAGUAUGGGGGUCAACUUCCCA